UUUACAAAUAUUUAUCAAUUGUUUUCCAUCCGUAUUAUUAUAUCUCCCAUUCCCUGAAAUCAGAUCCUGACUCUAUUUCUAGCAGGAAAUUGGGUAAAAAAAAGUAUGGCUGGUGGUAGGGGAAUUUACCACUUGCUCAGGACCAAACUUCAUUCUCAAACCACUGCCCCUCCAGCUUUGUCAUCUUUGAUUUCAAAGAAGGAUCAAGAUGCUUCUGGAUCUGCUGGCGUGAAGUCCCUUAGGGCACUUGCACUCCUUGGAGCAGGUGUUUCGGGGCUUUUGGGUUUUACAACUAUUGUCGCUGCUGAUGAGGCUGAACAUGGGCUAGAGUCUCCAAGCUAUCCUUGGCCUCACCAAGGCAUUCUUAGUUCAUAUGAUCAUGCUUCGAUUCGACGUGGUCACCAAGUGUACACACAAGUAUGUGCAUCCUGCCAUUCAAUGGGUUUAAUUUCGUAUCGUGAUUUGGUGGGUGUAGCAUAUACAGAAGAAGAGACCAAAGCUAUGGCUGCUGAAAUUGAAGUUGUUGAUGGUCCUAAUGAUGAGGGUGAGAUGUUUACCCGCCCUGGCAAACUGAGUGAUCGAUUUCCUCAACCCUAUGCAAAUGAGCAAGCUGCUAGAUUUGCUAAUGGAGGAGCCUACCCUCCUGACUUGAGUCUUAUAACCAAAGCUCGUCACAAUGGACAGAACUAUGUAUUUGCACUUCUGACUGGCUACCGUGAUCCGCCAGCUGGUGUUUCGAUAAGAGAAGGUCUGCACUAUAAUCCUUACUUCCCUGGUGGGGCUAUUGCAAUGCCUAAAAUGCUUAAUGACGGUGCUGUUGAGUAUGAAGAUGGCACUCCUGCAACAGAGGCCCAGAUGGGAAAAGACGUUGUGUCGUUUCUAAGUUGGGCUGCAGAACCAGAAAUGGAAGAAAGGAAACUGAUGGGAUUCAAGUGGAUUUUUGUACUCUCCCUGGCCCUGCUUCAAGCUGGGUACUAUAGGCGUUUGAGGUGGUCGGUUCUAAAGUCCCGUAAGCUAGUUCUUGACGUUGUCAAUUAGGAUUCCUCUUCUUAAAAGGUUUCCUGACAAGUCGAUGAAUGAGAAAUAAUUAUUCUGUAAAAGCAUACCAUGCAUUUUUGGCUGCUGCUGUAUGGAAAUACUGUUUUUGUAAUGUGAUAGCCCUGUUUUCUCAUUUUGAAACUUGGGAGCAAAGGAAUAAGGGAGUUGUUUCUUUUAUGGGUUGUAAAUUUUUUUAAUUGAUGAAAUCCAUGCUUGGGCUUUGUUGUUUUU